GGGAGGCGGGUCCAGCUCCUCGGCCCCCCGGGUUCCGGCGGCGCGCGUUUUGGUUCCGGAGUAACAGUUCCCUCGCCGCCGCCUUCCUCCUCCUCUCUCCGCCGCCGCUGCUGCCACUGCGGCCGCCACCAGGACGCGGGGCCUCGGGCGGCCGGGGCUGAGCCCUCGCGCAUCGUGCCCUCUAGCUCCGGGUGGGGCAGAGGACUCGCCCGCGACGCUCUCGCGGAGGACCGCCUCGGCUUUCUCGCGGCCUGGCGGCCCGGGACCUCCUUCCUAAUAGCCCUGGACUGAGUCCCCUCCAGAAGGGGACCCUCCCCUCUUCCACUAAGGAGGGGUGGACACCUGCAGCCGUAUCUCCCCCAAACCGGGCCCUUGCUCUGUCGUCUCCUCACACCCACACAGAAGGCAGAGAGCUUCACGAUCCCGUUUGCCCUCUUUCCAACUCCAGAACCUUCCGAACUCCGCUAGUUCUUACUAAUCCCUGCCCCCUCCCCGGUGCACCCUCACAAGGGAGACACCCUCACACCCCAUACAGCCUGGGCCUGGCUCGCUGCCUGUGGGCCCCUUGCUGGUCACCUCUCCUCUCUUUCUACCCCCUCACCCUCCACUCGCCUGUUUUCAUUCUCUGUCCUCUGCCCCUCACUGCUUGUCACCCCCUGGAGCCCAGCCCCCACCUAACUAGGGUCCAGUGGGUACCGCCUGCAUCAGGAUGUGAGCCCUUUUAACCUGUAAUGCUGUGGCUGGCCCUUGGCCCCUUCCAUGCCAUGGAGAACCAGGUGCUGGUGAUUCGCAUCAAGAUUCCCAAUAGUGGCGCGGUGGACUGGACAGUGCACUCCGGGCCUCAGCUACUCUUCAGGGAUGUGCUGGAUGUGAUAGGCCAGGUUCUGCCUGAAGCAACAACUACAGCAUUUGAAUACGAAGAUGAAGAUGGUGAUCGAAUUACAGUGAGAAGUGAUGAAGAAAUGAAGGCAAUGCUGUCAUAUUAUUAUUCCACAGUAAUGGAACAGCAAGUAAAUGGACAGUUAAUAGAGCCUCUGCAAAUAUUUCCAAGAGCCUGCAAGCCUCCUGGGGAACGGAACAUACAUGGCCUGAAGGUGAAUACCCGGGCUGGACCCUCACAACACAGUAGCCCAGCAGUCGCAGAUUCACUUCCAAGCAAUAGCUUAAAGAAGUCGUCUGCUGAAUUGAAAAAAAUAUUAGCCAAUGGCCAGAUGAAUGAACAAGACAUACGGUAUCGAGACACCCUUGGUCAUGGUAACGGAGGCACAGUCUACAAAGCAUAUCAUGUCCCAAGUGGGAAAAUAUUAGCUGUAAAGGUCAUACUACUAGAUAUUACACUGGAACUUCAGAAGCAAAUUAUGUCUGAAUUGGAAAUUCUUUAUAAGUGUGAUUCGUCAUAUAUCAUAGGAUUUUAUGGAGCGUUUUUUGUAGAAAACAGGAUUUCAAUAUGUACAGAAUUCAUGGAUGGGGGAUCUUUGGAUGUAUAUAGGAAAAUUCCAGAACAUGUCCUUGGAAGGAUUGCAGUAGCAGUUGUUAAAGGCCUUACCUAUUUGUGGAGUUUAAAGAUUUUACACAGAGAUGUGAAGCCCUCCAAUAUGCUAGUAAACACAAGAGGACAGGUCAAGCUGUGUGAUUUUGGAGUUAGCACUCAGCUGGUGAAUUCUAUAGCCAAGACGUAUGUUGGAACAAAUGCUUAUAUGGCACCUGAAAGAAUUUCAGGGGAGCAGUAUGGAAUUCAUUCUGAUGUCUGGAGCUUAGGAAUCUCUUUCAUGGAGCUUGCUCUUGGGAGGUUUCCAUAUCCUCAGAUUCAGAAAAACCAGGGAUCUUUAAUGCCUCUCCAGCUUCUGCAGUGCAUUGUUGAUGAGGAUUCGCCUGUCCUUCCGGUUGGAGAGUUCUCCGAGCCAUUUGUACAUUUCAUCACUCAGUGCAUGCGAAAACAGCCAAAAGAAAGGCCAGCACCUGAGGAAUUGAUGCUGCUGUCCCAGCAAGGUGCCAAGCCUUGGCCGAAGAGCUACUUGGCUGUGACUGGGCUGAGGAAGGGCAGGCAGAAUGGAGUUCUCAGGCCUCGCCCUGAUGGCGCUGUUGGGCUUGCUGGAGCUGCAGGAAGAGGGCCACCCGUUCAUCAUGCAGUUCAAUGACGGAAAUGCCACCGUGGUGUCCAUGUGGGUGUGCAGGACGCUGGAGGAGCGUCGGAGUCAGCAGGGGCCCCCAUGAGGCCUCAGCGGGAUGCUGCAAGCCCAGGACUGCUCACCAAAGGGAAUGGCCCCCUGUUGCCCAUCUCUGCGUUUGCUACCUGCACCAGAAGAGCUUUGCUGGCCCAGGCUUCCCUGCUCCUGCCUUUGAUUCAGCGGCAGAUGGCCUUGCCUAGGGACCUGCAAGGGUGGCCAGCCCCUGAUGGGCAAUCCCUCACCCCCUCCGGUCUGGAAGCACUGACUCCGGCAUUGGGGGAAAGGGGCGGGGCAGUGAGAAUGGAGGCUUUUGUGGCCCCUGCCCCCGUUCUGUUUUCCUAUCAUUUCUGUUUAAAGGGUCAGGCCCUGUCAGCAUCACUGAUGGGAAUAAAAGUAUUACUGCUUUGUGACUGC